GUUCGAACCGCUGUUGUUUCCCCUUGUUCCUAGUAGUCGCCGCUGGCGCUGCCGCCGCCGCCCAUCUCCCGCUGCUGGGAUUUAACCACAAAACUUCUCAGCCAAAACCCUCUUCUGUGGCCCAAGGCCUCUGCAACUGAUUGUUUUCCUUCAUCAAGAAUUUUUUUUAAAUUCAAGAAGUAUUCCUGAAGAAGCAGUCGUGGGCAGGCGCGGACACUGUGCGGUUCAAGCUUUUUGACAAAUUAAAACUCAAAGAGACCUCCUUCCCACAACUUGCAGCUCAGAACUGCUGUUCUCGCCUUGAAAGGACUUCUUACCCUGUUGUAAUGGCAGCCGAAGUGCAAAUGGUACUUUAUGAAGAUGAUUCAGUGCAGGUCCAGUAUGUUGAUGGUUCCAAAUUGCAGCUUUCUCCCUGUGGCUCUGAAUUUUUAUUUGAAAAGUCACCUCCUGUUUCAGCACACCCUUUAGAACAACCAGAAAGAAUUCGUCAAAGGACACACUUUGUUAUUAGCACUUACCGAGAGCAACUACAGCGAGCCCUAGAUUUUCGAAACUCUUCAGCUUCUUGCCUUUUUUUAUCUGAAAGCAUCAUACCUUCUGAAAGAAAAAAGUGCAUCUUCAUUGACAUCUCUGAAGUCAGAUGGCCCAGUCUCGAUCCAGAUGAUAACAUGAUAUGUACAGAGAGUGGCACUGUGAAGAUAACAUCUUUAGAUGGUCAUGCAUACCUUUGCCUGCCCAAAUCUCAGCAUGAAUUUACAGUGCAUUUUUUGUGUAAAGUUAGUCAAAAGCCAGAUUCAUCUGUAGUAUUUUCAGAAAAAAAUAAUCAAGCCCCAAAAGGUGGACUAGUUGAAAAAAACAGCAAAAUCUUUACAUAUGGGACUUUAUCAGGACAAAGACUGAAGAAUAAAGAAAAUGAGCUUUAUUGCCAGGUCUUAAAAUCCAAAGAAACUUUAGGGAAGACGAACUGUAUAAAUGGAAGUGAAGAAAGGGGAGAGCUGCCUUUUCCUGGUACAAAUCACCCAUAUGUAUACACAUGGGUAAAGCAGUGCUGGUCUGUUGCCUCCUGUCCAGAGGAAUGGAGAUACCCUUUGUCUUUAGCACUUCAUUUUCAAAAUAAAGUUAGCAACAUGUCUAAAACUGCAGAUAUCACGAGUAGAAUUUUAACUUCUGACGUUUCAGAGGAAAGAAGAAAAGAGGUUUCUGUUCUUCCCAGGACCCUGUUACUUAGCUGUUCUGCCCCACACCUGCACAGGUGGAAUUUUUGUGAUUCACUUGCACAGAGAGAGUCUGGUGAAGAAUAUUCCUAUCCUGAAGUAGUGAAAGUGGUUUGGUAUAAGGGUGUCAUAUAUAGGCUUACUCAUAAAAAUGUGAACUCAAUAGAGAUUUAUCCUGGAGAUGGAUCUGUUUUCAAAUCAGAGGGAGCCUAUUUUGGGAACUAUUUUACAUAUUAUCCUAGUCCAGAAGGAUCAGAAGAGAGAGAAGAGAAAACUUACUCAGUAAAUAACCUUCCUCCAGAUAGACCAGGAAAUCCGUUCUCUGUAUGUUCUCUGAUUAAGCAGGCCACCAGAAUUCUCCAACAUUGUGCCAAGACGAGACUUUCUUUAAGUCAUAACUAUUGCAURUGCUGCUGGAAAAUGAAAUCUGGAAUAAAUGAUAGCAAUAUAUUGCCUUUGCUUUUGCAAGAAUCAUUCAUACCCAACAUGGGAAGAUUUCUUGCCUACUCUGAUGACAAAGUACAUGCUAUCUUUGUAGAUGGCAUUACUGUAACCCUAAAUUGGAAUUUCAGCUCUUCUGUUGAAAAAAGACAGGUGAAUCAAGGUCUCAAGUUAGGUUGGUGUAAGUUAACUUUUCCUGAUGGACAAGAUGAGUUAAUUGAAAUUGAACACCCUGGGCCAUAUGAAAGAUAUGUGACAACAGUAACAUCAUGGUGCAGAAGACUUACCCAGAUUAGUCCAAGAGAGAUGCUCACACAUCCUUCAGCUUUUAUUCCUGAAGAAAAUUGGUCUGUUGCUUCUGAACUUGAAAAGAUACAGAAGUUUAACUUGCUACUGGAGAAUAGUGKUAUCCUAAACCAGAUUUCUAACAAGAAAAAUGAACAGUCUUCUGAUUAUUAUAAACCAAGAUCUUCAGAAACCUUGCUAGAAGAAUUUAAUGAAAAGAAAGUAUCAGUAGCAUUGGAAAAAACUUCCAAAAUUCUUCAGGAUAUUGAUUGUCUUUUAUCAAACUCUAAAAAGUGAAAAAUGGAAUUAUUAUUAAAUCUUGAGGAUGUUGUUUCAAAUGACUGGUACAAAAUUAUUAGUAAGCCAAGAAAUUGCAUGUAUUACUUCUACAUGACUAUGAGAAUUGACAAUUAACUUUGGUUGUAUUUUACCUAACUUGUAAAAUUUUUAAAUACAUACAAUAAAUUUUAUUAAUAAAGAACUAUUUUGAACUCUCUCAUUUAAUGUCAGAUUUAUGAAACUUCUGUAAAAUUAUGAAUUUUUUGCUGUUUUUAAUCUUGUGUCAUAUUCACUAUUUUUUGUAUCCAGUAACUCCUAUUUACUUUCUACUCCCAAAGAACUAUUAAAAGAUAACUAAAUCUAAACAAAACAACAAGCAAGCAAGCCUAGGCAAUAUUGCAAGCUAAGGAUCAAGUACUUCAGCCAAGACUGUUUUAUUUAAACUGUCUCAUGAAUUGGAUUUCAUUUCUUUUGAACAUACAGAAAGAUUUAUGCUGCAAAAUGUGUGGAAUUAACAGAAAUGUCCUCACCAAAAGUACUUAUUGUAGCCUUGCCUAUGGAAAGAACAAAAACUCAUAUCUAAAAAGAAUGUAAGAUUAUACUACCAGACAACCAGAAAUGUUCUAAUUUUCUAUUUAAAAA